UUUUUGUUGUAGGAUGGGAAACAACGGACUUGGGACAUGAUCAAAGUACAUAACAGUGUUUCUAUUAUCCUAUACAACAGUACUAAAAAGAGUUUGGUUUUUGUCAAACAGUUUCGACCAGCGAUAUACAUGAAUGAGGCUAUAACUGAGCCCGGAGAAGACGGUAGUGCAACGGUAGACACACGUCAGCACCCAGGCAGUCGUGGGCUGUCGUACGAACUAUGUGCAGGCAUUGUGGAUAAGAACAAACCGCUGGCCGAGAUCGCUCAGGACGAAAUUCUGGAAGAGUGCGGGUAUGCCGUACCGAUAGACCGACUGGAAAAGGUUGCAACUUACAGAACAGGCAUAGGAACUUCGGGGGCGAUGGGGACCAUGUUUUACGCGGAGGUGGACGACUCGAUGGUGGUGUCAAGCGGUGGCGGGAACCUGGCCGAGGGAGAACUCAUCGAAGUGGUUCAUCUUCCCGCCGAGGAGGCGUUAGACUUUCUCUGGAACGAUGCUGUCAACAAACCCGGUGGUGUACUGAUGGCUGUCAUGUGGUUUUGCCAUAAUAAGUUGCCAAAAAUCAAACAGACGGCUCUGGCAGAGGAGUGUAGUUAACAGUAUAAUACAUGUAACUGUUGAUUAUAGGGUUGCAAACUUGCAACGGAAAUUGUACUGUGAUCGUGGCAAAAGGACUACAAACUGUGUAUGGCAUGAAUUUCAGGAAAAAACUUCCAUGUUAGUAUUGUAAAUGUAUUUACACAGUAACACUGGACUAUAAAACUCGUUUAUAUGAGCAUAUUACCAUAUAAUUAUGAUAUGAAUGUAUUAUAAUUAUUUUUGGGGGUUUAUUGUUUAUUAACCAUUUCGUAUUAUAAAUGUAUAUACAUCGUAACAAUGAAAUGUCGUACCAGUUUAUAUAAUGAGCAUAUUAAUCUAUAAUUAUGAUAUGAAAUUAUAAUUAUUUUGGAGAU